UGACAUGGUGGAAACAUCCCCGCUGCUGAUUCGAAAUGUUUGUCCACUUCGUCUGUCAUAAUGCGGUCUUUGUUACCCGUGAGCAUAUAGUGCAUUAAAAACAUUAUUUCUUGGCAGUUGAAUGAGCUGAUUAGCCAUGAAGCUAACACGGAAACAGGUUCUCGCGAAGGCUAAGGCCUCCGACUUGGACAGCGUGAAGAAACUGAACUGCUGGGGAUGCAACCUGACUGAUAUUUCUAUCUUCUCCCAAAUGGCCAACAUCGAGGUGCUGACACUCAGUGUCAACAGCAUCUCGUCUCUGUCUCCUCUGUCUGGCUGUCUGUCUCUGUGUGAGCUCUACCUGAGGAGGAACAAUAUUCCCUCACUCUCUGAGCUCUCCCAUCUGCGUCCACUGACGCGUCUCAGAGUGCUCUGGUUAGCAGAGAACCCCUGUUGUGGGACCGACUCCAGCCAAUAUCGCCUCACUGUACUGCGCUGCCUGCCUCGCCUCCAGAAGCUCGACAACCAAGUUGUAACAGAAGAUGAGAUUGCACUUGCUCUUGCGGAGGGUGAGGAGGUCACCACUCCCCCAGGCAGCAUCCAAAACCAGCUUUCCAUCAAUGGAGUUCCAGAUGCAGAGACAGAGAAUGACCCUCUUAACUACAACAUGGAGGAGACCAACAAAAUCAGGGAAGAGUUGGGGAUGAAGCCGCUCUCCAGAGACAAGUUCCCCUCUCUUUGUUCUCCGUCAACCAGAGAAAACAAACCAUCAAUGAAAAAGUCACACACUCUGGACGCAGUUCUGCUGCUGCUGAGGGAUUUGGAUGAAGAGGAGCUUCACAUCGUAUACACAGCGACUCAGAACAGACUCCAGAUGCACACACUGGACUCAGAGACGCUAACAGAUUCACUGCAGACACAGAAAACUGCGGACAUCCAACACUGAAACGUUUCAUAGCAUGCACUCAGGGCCAAACCUCUCCCUCCGCUUCUUAUAUUUAAAGGGUAAGUUUGAUGUUUUCAACCUGGAAACACUCAGAGCACGUUUGUAUCAUCAAUUUACGUCCACUGAAAGUGUUUGUUUUGCCACUUAGAGGCUCAGAUUGCUGUUAGUGUCUGACAACAUUAUGGAAAGGAUCCUACAUUCAUUCAUUGUCUGUAACUGCUUAUCCUGUUAG